AUGGCGGCGUCCGUGGCGGGGCGAGCGGCGGUCUGGGGGCUCCGCACGGCGCUCGGGGCGCGGCGGGGCCGGUCCGCGACCCCCGCGCUGCCACCCCGGGGUCCAACCGGGCCCCGCCGCCCCCUUAGCGGCUCCGCCGCGGGCUCCGACACGGCCUCGGUGCUGCGGGAGCGGCUGCGGCAGCACCAGGUGGCCGGGGACACCCCGGGCCCGCAGGACGAGGACCCGGCGCGGGGGUCGCUGCGGCGCCUGGCGCUGCGCCUGGGGGGGCUCCUGGCGGCCACCGGAGGGGUGGCCGUGCUCUACAUCUUCGGCAGCAACGCAGUGGAUGAGCACGGGGACAAGAUCCCUGAUGAGUUCGACAGCGACCCUGUGGGGAUCCAGCACCUGCGCAGAACCUUCAAGUACUUCAAGGAUUACAGACAAAUGAUCAUUGAGCCCACGAGCCCCAAGCUGCUGCCGGACCCCCUGCGGGAACCCUACUACCAACCCCCCUACACGCUGGUCAUCGAGCUCACGGGGGUCCUGCUGCACCCCGAGUGGUCGCUGGUGACAGGCUGGAGGUUCAAGAAGCGGCCAGGCAUCGAGCACCUCCUGCAGCAGCUGGCACCUCUCUACGAGAUCGUCAUCUUUACCUCCGAGACCGGGAUGACUGCAUUCCCACUGAUCGACAGCAUCGACCCUCACGGCUUCGUUUCCUACCGGCUGUUCCGCGACGCCACGCGCUACAUGGACGGGCAUCACGUCAAGGAUAUCUCGUGCCUGAACCGGGACCCGGCGCGGGUGGUGGUGGUGGAUUGGCGCCGGGACUCGUUCCGGCUGCAGCCGUACAACGGGCUGGCCCUGCCGCGCUGGGACGGCGGCUCCGAGGACCGGGCGCUCUAUGACCUGGCUGCCUUCCUUAAAACCAUCGCCCUGAGCGGGGUCGAGGACGUGCGGACGGUGCUGGAGAAUUAUUCCCUGGAGGAAGAUCCACUGGGAGCCUUCCAGCGGCGCCGGACACGCCUGGAGGAGGAGGAGCAGCAGCGCCUGGCCGAGCUGGCCCAGGGCAAGAAACCCACUGGGGCUUUCCUGGGGUCCCUCACCGGUCGCCUCUGGCCGCGCUCCAAACAACAGUGACGUCAUUUUGUGACAUCAUCGUGACAUCAUGGGACAGCGUCAGAGAAGGGGGGGACCCCAAAAUCCCCUCCGCCCCUUCCCCCCCCCCACCCCUGUUCCAAACCCCAAAUUUCCAGGAGCAAAUCCAGGGGAGGUUUGGGGGGAAAUUUGGACGGGUCUGGGGGGUCCGGGCCCCGUUUUGGGGUAAAUAAAGGCUG